GUCUGUGAUCCAGGCAACACCCAGACCAUCAACGGGACCAACAGGUCAUGCAGCCAGUGUCCCGACGGAGCUCGGGAGUGCUUUGCCGGUCACCUGGUGAUGGAGCGGGGAAUGAUGGUUCAAAAUGACUUUGUCAACCAGACAUUGCACUGCCCCAACCAGGCUGCUUGCCCUGGGGGCCGGCUUCCCCAAAGUCCUGAUGGAAAGGCCAUGUGCGUGGACGGCUACGAAGGCCAAGGAUGCACCAGCUGCAGCGUUGGAUACGCAAUCGCGGACAGCAGCGUGCUCACGU